AUGAUAGACAAAGCUUUAUUUUGGAAUAUUAGGUCAGUUAACACACAGAAAUCUUUUGAGAGGUUAAUUGAUCUAAAAAGGAGACAUCAUUAUUCUAUUAUAGGCCUAAUGGAACCUUUUCAGGAUCCUAUUGCUAUUGAAGAGUAUAGAAGGAAGUUAGGCUAUCAAAAUUGUAAGGUGAACUGUUCAGGAAAGAUUUGGAUCUUUUGGACAGAUGAAUGGCUUGGUGUAGUUAUAUCUGAAUCAGAACAACAAGUUACUCUGCAGCUAACUCACUCAUCCUUGAAUCAAUCAGUGCUGGUGUCAGUAGUUUAUGCUAAGUGUGCUAGAGAUGAGAGGGAAGAGUUGUGGGAAGCUAUGGUGGAGUUAGCAAAUCAGCAUGACCUUCCUUGGAUAAUAGGAGGGGACUUUAAUGUCAUAGUCUCUGAUGAGGAGAAGCAAGGUGGUCUUCCAGUCUCAUCCAAUGAGACAUUAGAUUUUUCUACCUGUAUACAAAGUUGUGGUUUGAUUGAUGUAGGAUUCACUGGAAGCAAAUUCACCUGGUGGAAUGGGAGAACUGAAGAGGAGUGUAUUUUUAAAAGGUUAGAUAGAAUACUGGUGAAUCAGCAAGUGCUAGAUAUCAUGCCAUCUACAGCAGUGACUCAUCUGAUUAGACAUGGUUCUGAUCAUGCACCACUACAUCUUGAGUGUAAUAGCAAUGCUCAUCAUAUUGUCAAGUCUUUUAAGUUUCUCAACUUCUGGACAAAUCAUCAUACAUUUAUGGAGGUGGUAAAGGAGAACCUGAUGGCUUGA